UUAGUGGCCCGACGGAAGAAGAAAAGUAGGUCAGAGACUGUGUGUGUUUAUGUCACAGUUCCCUUUGAGCAACACAGCGCGCGCCAGCUAGCAGAGCGAUGUUAGCAUUAGCAGUGUUAGCACCCAUAAUGUGAUGCUGUUUAACGCCUCGGGUUCCAGGACGUUGCUGCCGGCCGUGUUGGAAAACCAGCGCCAGGGUUCAUGAGAUUAUCUAAUGGCGGACCAAAGAAUGGACAUCUCCUCCACCAUCAACGACUUCAUGUCUCCUGGAUCCACAGAGCUGAUCAGUAGUUCUGUAGGAACACCAGGCAUGGAUUACACACGCAAGAGGAAGGGCAGUGCCACAGAGUACCAAAUAGACGGAUUUUCUUUCGAUGACAGUAUGGACACGGAUAAGGACAAACAACUAGGAAGAGAUGACCAGCAGGGUCGGAUAAAGAACGCCAGGGAAGCGCACAGUCAGAUCGAAAAGAGGCGCAGAGACAAGAUGAACAGUUUUAUAGACGAACUGGCGUCGUUGGUGCCUACGUGCAACGCCAUGUCUCGCAAGCUGGACAAACUCACUGUCCUGCGCAUGGCCGUGCAACACAUGAAGACCUUACGAGGGGCUGCAAACCCGUACACGGAGGCCAACUACAAGCCGGCGUUUUUAUCCGACGACGAACUCAAGCACUUGAUAUUGAGGGCUGCCGAUGGAUUCCUGUUUGUUGUCGGAUGUGAUCGCGGCAAAAUCCUGUUUGUCUCAGAGUCUGUGUAUAAAAUUCUCAACUACAGCCAGAACGAUCUGAUUGGUCAGAGCCUGUUUGACUACCUGCAUCCAAAAGACAUUGCUAAAGUGAAGGAGCAGCUGUCAUCAUCUGACGCCGCGCCAAGAGAACGACUCAUCGAUGCCAAAACUGGUUUGCCUGUAAAGGCAGACAUUACCCCCGGUCCCUCCAGGCUCUGCUCGGGAGCUCGACGCUCCUUCUUCUGCAGGAUGAAAUGCAACCGUCCGUCUGUGAAAACAGAGGACAAGGACUUCCCUUCCACCUGCUCCAAGAAGAAAGCAGACCGGAAGAGCUUCUGCACCAUCCACAGCACGGGUUACCUGAAGAGCUGGCCUCCUACCAAGAUGGGCCUGGACGAGGACAACGAGCCUGAUAACGAGGGCUGUAACCUGAGCUGCCUCGUGGCCAUCGGUCGUCUGCACCCCCACAUCGUCCUCCAGCCGGUGAACGGGGACAUCCGCGUCAAACCCACAGAAUACGUCUCCCGCCACGCCAUCGACGGCAAGUUCGUCUUCGUCGACCAGAGAGCGACGGCCAUUCUAGCGUAUUUACCUCAGGAGCUUCUGGGAACCUCCUUCUACGAGUAUUUCCAUCAGGACGACAUCGGACAUCUCGCCGAGUGCCACAGACAAGUUCUGCAGAUGAGAGAAAAGAUCACCACAAACUGUUACAAGUUUAAGAUCAAAGACGGGUCCUUCAUCACUCUGCGCAGCCGCUGGUUCAGUUUCAUGAACCCUUGGACCAAAGAGGUGGAGUACAUCGUCUCCACCAACACCGUGGUCUCAGGGAGCGUGCUGCCGGAAGGACCGGACGCCAGUUAUCCUCAGUCGGCUUCCUCGCCUCAGAGCAUGGACAGCGUGCUGACAUCCGGAGACGGUGGAGGGAAGCGAGUUCUCCAGACGUUCCCGGGCAUCCCGGGAGGCACGCGAGCCGGCGUGGGCAAAAUCGGACGCAUGAUCGCAGAAGAGGUGAUGGAGAUCCAGAGGAUUCGAGGCUCGUCUCCAUCCAGCUGUGGUUCCAGCCCGCUCAACAUCACCAGCACCCCUCCGCCUGACACCUGUUCGCCGGGGGGCAAGAAAAUACAAAACGGCGGAACCCCGGACCUGGCGUCCAGCGGACUCGGACCCGGCCCGGACUCCAUCGGCUACCCGUACUCCAACAACUCCAUAAUGAGCGAUAACUCCCACCUGAGCAUCGACAUCAUGGACGAACCCGGCUCCAGCAGCCCCAGUAACGACGAGGCAGCCAUGGCCGUCAUCAUGAGCCUGCUGGAGGCCGACGCAGGCCUCGGAGGCCCGGUGGACUUCAGCGACCUACCCUGGCCCUUAUGAGACUCGCGUGCAGGAGAAACGGAUCUCUACGGGACGGGCGCAGGAAUCAUGGGGGGGGAAUGCUCAUGUGUUGUGGAGAACUUGUAUCGCUGCUGCUGUGGAUCCUUCUCAUACUCACACACACACACACCUUCUUCCUGUGUCAUUGUACAUAAUGUUUUCAUCCUCAUCCCAACAGAGACAUCUAUACAGUACAGUACAUCUUUGUGCUUUUAUGUUUUUACACUACAGAACGCUAUUAAGUGUUAAAUCCUCUAUAAACAGACUGAUACUGUAAUUCUAUCUUUAUGCAAAAGUAUAUAUGGUAAAAAAAAGUGUAUCGUAACAGCAGUGGAGAUUUUUAAAAUACAUGGUUUUCUUUUCCCCCCUUCA